AUGGACUGGCAGCCCCACGCGCCCCGGCGGAAACGCCGCAACCGCUUCGUCAAGAAGAACGGCCAAUGCAACGUCUACUUCGCCAACCUGAGCAACAAGUCGCAGCGCUACAUGGCGGACAUCUUCACCACCUGCGUGGACACGCGCUGGCGCUACAUGCUCAUGAUCUUCUCCGCGGCCUUCCUCGUCUCCUGGCUCUUCUUCGGCCUCCUCUUCUGGUGCAUCGCCUUCUUCCACGGCGACCCGUGUAUCAUGCACGUGAACGGCUUCCUGGGCGCCUUCCUGUUCUCGGUGGAGACGCAGACGACCAUCGGCUACGGGUUCCGGUGCGUGACGGAGGAGUGCCCGCUGGCGGUCAUCGCCGUGGUGGUCCAGUCCAUCGUGGGCUGCGUCAUCGACUCCUUCAUGAUCGGCACCAUCAUGGCCAAGAUGGCCCGGCCCAAGAAGCGGGCGCAGACGCUGCUGUUCAGCCACCACGCGGUCAUCUCGGUGCGCGACGGCAAGCUGUGCCUCAUGUGGCGCGUGGGCAACCUGCGCAAGAGCCACAUCGUGGAGGCCCACGUGCGGGCCCAGCUCAUUAAGCCCUACAUGACCCAGGAGGGCGAGUACCUGCCGCUGGACCAGCGGGACCUCAACGUGGGCUACGACGUCGGCCUGGACCGCAUCUUCCUGGUGUCGCCCAUCAUCAUCGUGCACGAGAUCGACGAGGACAGCCCGCUGUACGGCAUGGGCAAGGAGGAGCUGGAGUCCGAGGACUUCGAGAUCGUGGUCAUCCUGGAGGGCAUGGUGGAGGCCACCGCCAUGACCACCCAGGCCCGCAGCUCCUACCUGGCCAGCGAGAUCCUGUGGGGCCACCGCUUCGAGCCCGUGGUCUUCGAGGAGAAGAGCCACUACAAGGUGGACUACUCGCGCUUCCACAAGACCUACGAGGUGGCGGGCACGCCCUGCUGCUCCGCCCGGGAGCUGCAGGAGAGCAAGAUCACCGUGCUGCCCGCCCCGCCGCCCCCGCCCAGUGCCUUCUGCUACGAGAACGAGCUGCGGAUGCUGGAGUUCGGCAGCCACCUGGACCUGGAGCGCAUGCAGGCCACCCUCCCGCUGGACAGCAUCUCCUACCGCAGGGAGUCGGCCAUCUGACCUCCGGGCCCGCCCGCGCCGCCUCCACAAGAGCCUCUGCUGGGGGGGGGAGGUGCCAGGACCCCCCUCCGCACUCAGGACAGAGCUGACCCUGGCUCCGUGGACCUUCACAGCUGGGGGACCCCUUCCUACUGACUCUGGAGCCCGGGCCUGGGAAGGGCCCCGGGAACCCUGUGCCCUGUUGCUCGCGUUCCCCAACGCCUGCCGGCUGGCGGUUCCAGGGCCCCGGACUCACCAUCCUUUCCCCACCGGCCCUUCGAGGACGUGCCCCCUUUGUUCUCGGAACCUUGGGGACGCGGCUGGACUUCUGGAGGGUGGGCAUCCUGGG